UUGCGGCAGAGAGAGCGCACGACCGAUGGAUGAACCCGCGCACGGGGCGCAUUUCGAGAGUAGCUUCCACACCGACAGCCGUCGGGGGACAGUCGCGAGAGACGACGUUCUGUCUGCAGCUCCCGGUGUGACGGCAGCACGAUCCGUGUAGUUUUUUUUUUUUGUUCUUGCUGUGUUGCUCGAAACUUCGUCUUCCGGCUUUUGUGGAUGAGCUAGCCCUGUCAUCGCCGUCACCCUUUCCUCGUGCGAAUUCGUAAAAGAAGAGCGCGGAACCUCUUCUCCUGCGACGUAAACCCCAAGGCCGAGUGGACUGCAGGAAGUGCUCUGGAAUCCUCGUCGUCGAUAGUGUGAAGCCCGCAGCGCCUGCCUGGUACAAAUAUCGCAAGUGGCUCUCGCAUGAGAGGCGUCAGCGCUCUUCGCUCGUCCAUAAGCGGUAAACGCUGUAAAGCCCCGUUGCCCGCGAUUCCGGUGCCUCGCUGAAGACGACACCGAAUUUCCGAAACUGAAAAUUUGUGCUCCAUGGACUACUUUACUCUCGGAACAUCGUAGAAUCGAGCGGAAGGGUGGUAUAAGUGGCCAGCUUUCACGCAAUUUACCGAGGAAAGCUGAGCUCACCUUAGUCGCCCAAAAAAGGAGAGCCCGGGGUUAUUGACGCCAUCCGAGGAACCUAGUCCAUCUUGUCCGAAGAACGGGAAGGAUAGACAUCGGGCGCAGUAUAAUCUCAACAGGCACAUUUCUGACGUCACCCUAUAACAGGACAAUAAGUCAUAUCGGCAGUCGAUCCGAUGGAUUGCGCGUGGUGACGCAGUGUGUCCCCGCUCUGUGAUAUAAGACAUUGCCGCCGGCACCAGCGACCCGAAUAAGCGCGUAACAAGGGCCGCGCGAUGCUGAACAUCGUGGCGAGCACUUUCUCGGCUGUUUCCAGCGCCACGUCGGCCUUUUCGUGGAGGUACGUGAUGCUGCUGACUGUGACCACGGCCACUCAGCGCGUGCUGCUCGCCACCAUAGCGGUGGCCGGGUGCGUAUUCGUCAGUCAGGCCCUGCUGCGAUUCUACCGGCUCUGGAAGGCACUGCGGCCCAUGGCGGGGCCCCCGGACUGGUUCCCGCCGCUCUUCAAUGUCAAUUGUCUCAGGGCUGCGGCCCGUUACCGAGACAUCUUCAACACUUCCACAGGGCUGUUCAGCCUGCUCGUGGGCCUGACGUACUUCUUCGAGCGGGAGCGGGUGUUCAAGACCUACCUGGGUUUCCAGCCCGUCGUCGUACUUUUCAAGCCGGAAGCGGUUGAGUCUGUACUCAACUGUUCGACGAAUCUGAAGAAGCCCAUCCUGUACUCGCUGCUCCAUGCAUGGCUGGGAACAGGUCUUCUCACAAGCUCUGGCUCAAAGUGGAAGUCGCGGCGGAAGAUGCUAACGCCGGCGUUCCACUUUCGCAUACUCGAAGACUUCCUACCAAUCAUGAACGAGCAAGGGGAGAUCUUCGCACAGGCGCUGCAGCACCAGACGCACGGUGCAGUCGACAUCACCAAGUUCGUCACUGCCUGCACCCUCGACAUCAUUUGCGAGACUGCCAUGGGAGUCAAGGUGAAUGCGCAGACCAAUCCGACUUCUACUUACGUGAGCAACAUCUACAGAGUGGGCAGCAACUUCAUCAACCGUGCCGUGCGUCCUUGGCUGUGGCUGGACUCUCUGUACCGGCUGACACGCAACGGACGCCUCUACCACCACGACAUCAGCGCCAUCCACACAUUCACCAAGAAGGUGAUACGCGAGCGGAAAGACGUCAAGCUGUCCGAGAAGCGGCUCAUCACGGACUCCAGCGACGAGCUCAAAAAGCGCCCGAUGUUCCUGGACGUCCUACUGGACCACCACAUAAGCGAGAACAGCAUCUCCGAAGAGGACAUCUGCGAAGAGGUGGACACCUUCAUGUUCGAGGGACACGACACGACGUCAGCGGCCAUAUCUUGGUGCAUCUACUUGCUCGGCCAGAGUCCCGGAGCACAGAAGAAGGUGCAGGACGAGAUGGACCUUAUAUUCGCCACUGACCGAGACCGCUACGCAACAGUAGCCGAUCUCAAGGAGAUGAAGUUCCUAGAGUGCUGCAUCAAGGAGAGUCUUCGAUUGUUUCCUUCGGUGCCUAUAAUUGGCCGAGAGAUAUACAAAGAGUUCCGUAUAAACGGUCGAGUGGUGCCGGAAGGCUCGAUCGUGAUCAUCUUCUCGUACAUGCUUCAUCGAGAUCCCAAGUCCUUCCCGCAGCCGGAAGAGUUCCGGCCUGAGCGCUUCCUGCCCGAGAACAGCUUGGGAAGGCACCCUUUUGCCUACGUGCCAUUUUCAGCUGGACCUCGAAAUUGUAUCGGCCAGCGGUUCGCGCUAAUGGAAGAGAAGAUCGUGCUGUCCAACUUGUUCCGGCGGUUCAGCGUACGCUCGCUGGUGCCCCGCGACCAGCUCAAGCUGGCUGGCGAGCUAGUGCUUCGAAACCAGAAUGGCAUCCAAGUCACGCUAUCACCCCGACAAAAUACCCACGCCGUCGACAAGCACGGAUAGGGACUCGACAGCCCAUCACCCUGCCUUCAUCGCUAUAUAUAUAUUUUUUCGUAGUUCGAGCUGUGUACAGCAUUGUUCGUCCAAACUUUGUGCGUAUGGCGGAAGGCACGAGCCUGGGCACAAGUCUGUCCGUGCACUCAUAUCUGUGAUGUCGCGCAGCAGCGGGCUGGUGCGCACGCGCGGUGUGCGUGUCAGCAGCGCACAGUUUGAAUCAAACGCACCGUGCAAGCGCUCAAAUGUCCACGUGUACGUAAUAUGCUUAAAAUGAUCGAGUCAGAACGAAUGAGCGAUUAACAAUGAGACGCGAUUCUUUUUGCGCACUUCAGCUUCAGACAUGCGCCCAGAAAUGUGAAAACGUCUUUUUUUUUUAAGUUGCAUUCCAACACUGAGGGAUCUUGCUCAUGGGCAAGACGGCUUCCAGUCAGGGUAAUGUCACUUCAGAACUUUACAUCUAUAACUUCCCUUUUCUCCAUCUUAAGGGCAGGGUAGCCAACCGUGCUCAGCCUGGUUAACCUCCUCUCCUUACAUACCUAUCUCUGUGGAGAAACGGCAGUGUGAACAUUUCGCACGACAGCGUAAAGUUUGGCCCGAGCCAAAUGUACCUCAGUCAAGAUAGCGUGAAACAUUUCUGUCGACGUUUGGCGUAGCUCUUUGUGGAUCACGACGUAUCUUUGCUACAGUGCUUGUUGCCGUUGAUGUGAACACUGAGAAUGGCUCUUCUGUGUUUGUGUGCAAGACCAGCUGCACCAACCUGACGCAUAAGCGCUGGCACAUGGAGUGGGGCUUACAAGCUCUUGGCACCAGUCACAGGCUUCUUCCGAGACCAUAUGUAAAUAUUACAUGGCGGAAGCAGCAAAUACGAGACAAACGGAGAAGAGCAGCAGCCGCGCUUACUUUAAGUGUGUUCGUUGGCUGAACUUACGGUCGUGCUAAUACGUCAACGGUAUACGACGAAGCGUCAAUUUGAUCUGUACUCAAACCUGAAAGACGAAAAAAGGCACCGCACGCUACACGAGUCGCCGCUGAAAGGAAGGCAUGUCAGAAGUUGUUGUGCAUGUAGGUUCGCUAUUAUUGUUAAUCGCAACACGAACGAGAGGAGAAUUGCGUUCCACAAGAUGCACGAAGUCGUUCAUACUCAUCAAGAAGCCUGAAUUUUCAAAACCAAGCUACCAGUUUAUAAGAUAGGGGACGAAAGAGAGACCUUUAAGCGAAUGACAGACAUCUAGAUUACCGGUGGACCUGGCUUGUUAUUGCUUAAUAGAAGAAAGCUUUAAGGGAUGGAGGAAAAAAAAUGGAGGGACAAACAGUGAAAUAUGCUUAUAUACACGAGGAAACGCUCUACAAUCGGCUUAGCUCACAACGCAAUGCAAAUACCUCGAGAAGGGCAACGGCGGCCGCUGGCGCCACAGAGACCUGCUUUAACAGCUGCAACAUUUGUAUGUCUGUCUAAAGCCGAUUCUUACUUUUGGACACUGGUGUGACGACACUGCAUGCGAUGAAUGUGUGUGGCCUCGUUUUAGUUACAUAUGCCACAGCCAGGGUUAAGUGCUCUGAAUGCGACAACAAACGAAGCCACGUGCAGUGGCAAAAUAUUGAACAUGCUCGUGGUAUAGGCUUACCUAAGAACGUGUACGUGCUCGAGACAGGUAAAUGCACCAUCUGCAGGUUUGAUGCGCAGCCGUUUCGCGUUUAUCGUAGCGCUUAUCGUACAGGUCUUUAGGACAGAAAUAGGUUGCUUCAGGAGCACGCGAUCCUCGAGAACACGCUUAGUGAGAAACAUUAUGCCUAAAGGCACUGCGCUCUAAAGGUGUAUAUAUGUUGUAGCUACUUAGCAGGCGUGUUAUUUGAUAACGAGCGUAUUUCAUGGCAAGAUUGAAACAUAUACGGUUCAAUAUUCAGGUUUCUUGCUGAAAGAACAGUAUAUUAGAAGACUUGUGCCCAACUUGUGCCCAGGUGAUAUUUUUUUUCCUCGGUGAAUGCGCGAUCGAUGCAUUGUACACCUGUUGAGACGCGUUGUGGUGGGUUCUAAGGUUGACGUAUAGUUCUCUCGACAGACGAGAGGACUUAAUGUAACUUUUUAUUGACGCAUUUUCCUGAGCAUACGUAGGCCAUUAAGACCUGACGCUUUUAAAUUGGGUAAACUAAGACCUGCAGUGUGGUCAGUCUCUAUGUAUUUUGAUUGCGAUACUAAUUAUAUGGACACUCCAUAUAAUUGCCGUCGCCGUCAUGUUCCGCAUAAAGUGCAAAUUGAUAACAUUCCCCCGCGCAUUCCUAUGCUCUACCCGCAAGUAAAAGCGCGCGAGCUGGGACGACGAUCGCGGCUGAAGCAGAUAGGAAACGAGCCAACCCAUCUCUGUCGCACGGAGGGCGCACGCGAUAACAUCAUCCCGCGUGCGAGGCCUGCCGUCGAUGGCUACUCAAGCAGCAGAGAGGAAACGCCCCGCCCGUCUUGAGGGAGCACGGAGAUA